AUGGCCGGCGUAUUUCCCGGUUGUAAUAGCAUCGAUGAAUUUUGGACAAUGCUCCAAGAAGGUCGCUCAGGCAUAGCGACAUUAUCAGACGAUGAACUCCGUGACUGUGUUUCCGCUGAACUGUUGGCAAAUACGCGCUACGUACGUCGCAUGGGUCGAUUGACGUGUGGUGUUGACCUGUUCGAUCACACCUUUUUUGGUGUGACGUCCCGUGAAGCUUCACUCACGGAUCCACAACAUCGUUUGCUACUCGAAAUCGUCUAUCGAGCAUGCGAAGAUGCUGCCGUCAAUUUGCGUUCACCUGAUGAGACAAUUGCCUGUUUCAUUGCCGCGAGUGAUAGUACCUAUUACUCGUUCAAUCUGAAACACUUGUAUGAAUCGAGUGACGCCGAACCUACCCUAGAACGACAGAUCCGCCUUAAUAAUAUGAUGG